AUGUGUGAUGAGUAUGGCGGUGCAGAUGACUUUGAAUCAGAUGAAGAGCCUCUGGACGAGGUACCAGAAGAGGAUUUAGACACAAAACCUGAAGGUGUCACGUACAUAACAGCUGAUGAAGCGCCGCGCUUAUCAGGUCAAAAUAUGGCUGCCCCAGUAGAAAAAAGUAAACGGAUUACUACUCCAUAUCUUACGAAAUAUGAGCGUGCUAGAGUUUUAGGUGCACGAGCUCUGCAACUAUCAAUGUCUGCUCCCGUUAUGGUUGAACUGGAUGGUGAACGAGAUCCUCUAAAAAUUGCUGAAAAAGAAUUAAGGGCUAACAAGAUACCUAUCAUUAUUCGACGUUUCCUUCCUGAUGGGAGUUUUGAAGACUGGAGUUUGGAUGAACUUAUUUUGACAGAAUAA